AUGGUUCGCAGCAUCCACAUUGCCGUCCUCGACGUUGAUAUCCCCCCUCGCAAACUUUAUGAAUCACACGGCCUAUGCAGUGCUCACUUUCGUAAUAUCCUGCAAGAGACUGCCUCGCGUCUGAACGAGACCUCCCUAGUCCACAAUGACCCCAUCGACAUAUCCGUCACUCCAUAUGACAUCCGAGGAGGACACUAUCCUGACCUGCGCAAGCUAAGAGGUCAUCCCGACCACCUUGCUUACCCCGAUACCUCUCAAAUCGAUGCCGUCUUGAUCACUGGCGGUGCACCUGGUGUAUACGAAAUGGACAUAUCGCCCUGGAUGCAACGCCUGCAGACAUUUCUCAAGACGGUCUUUGAACAAUACCCAGAGGUCCGAAUCUUAGGUACUUGCUUCGGACACCAGCUUAUCGGACAUGCUCUGAUGAGAAACCCGGCCGACGCUGAGCGAGAUGUGUUCGUUGAGAAAUGCCCCCUCGGGAGAGAAGUGGGCAUAUACACCGUUCAGUUGGAGAAGAACUUCGUCGAGGCCUUUCCACUGGCACUGGAUGUUCAUGGUGAUCGUGUCAUGGCGGUUAAGAAGGGACUUGCUAGCACGCUUGAUGAGAAGGCUUGUCUUCCUGCGCCAUGGAUCAAUGUCGGAAGCACACCCAUUUGUCCUAUUCAGGGACUGUAUUACCCCGGAAGGGUUCUGUCUGUUCAAGGUCAUUAUGAGUUGGACGCGUUCGGUAUGCAGAACAUGUGCUUGGAGUUCGCGCCGAGCUUCGGAUGGAAGGAUUCGAAGCUGGCAUUGUUUCUGGAGCAGGUUGGUCCACAUGUGGAGGAACGACAAGAUGAUGCGAGGUCCUUUGCUACAGCUGUUGUUUGUUUUUUGGCGGGUAUGGAGGAGCUUCGGACUGGAGAAUAG